AAUUAUUAUUCAACAAGCAGUGGAUUCGUAUAGUUUUCAAAAUAGGUUAGGAUUUUUAGGUUAUCCUCAAUUAUCUUGAAAACACUUUUUUGCAUUAUUAAUACUGUACCCAGAUAAAUAAAUACAAUUCAACUUCAAUUAUAUGUAAGUUAUGGAGUAACUCUGCUUAAAAACCGUCAACUUAGAAAUUUUCCAAUACAUUUUACGCUUUGGAAAAAUGGAGACUCGACUACUGCAUUUACCGAUUUUCCGUUCGAUGCUGAAGAAUAUCAAUCUGGGCAAAUCAUGGUGUUUCACAAGAUCCUUAUCUACUCAAACCAAUCCUGCCCCUAUUGAGGCAGCGGCACCAACACUUCAAGCCAGCAAAAACCCAAUGGAUUACCCGGACUACUUCCAGGUGCACAACAUCUUCACCGUGGAGGACAUGUUUAGAGCCCGCGUGCACUUUGGCCACAAGGAAGGCUCGCUGGACCCCAAGAUGACGCCAUUCCUUUUUGGUUCGCGACUUGGUCACCUCAUAUUUGACCUUGACAAAACAGCUGAUUUCCUGAGACAGGCGCUCAAUUUCACUGCGCAUAUCGCUUACCGAGGCGGUGUCAUUGUUUUCAUAGGCCAGUCGCCGCAAAACUGUCACCUGAUCGAGGACUGCGCGCGCGCAUGCGGCGAGUACGCGCACACACGCGCCUGGCGAAUCGGCACCUUCACCAACUCGACCAUGGUGUACGGUGCAGUCACCCGGCUGCCAGACUUGUGCAUCUUCCUCUCCACACUGCGAACAGUUCUUGACGAACACUUCGCCGUCAUCGAGUGCGCCAAGAUGCUGGUGCCGACUGUCGGCAUAGUUGACAGUAACUGCAACCCGAAUCUGAUCACGUAUCCGGUGCCAGGAAACGACGACAGCCCCGCCUCGGUGCAGUUCUACUGUCGAGUGUUCAAGGAGGCCAUCAGGCGUGGCAAGGCGGAACGGGAGAGGGUUUUGGGGCGGUCAAACAGUGAGAGUGACAAUAAAUUAGUUGAGGGAAAGUAGUUGAAACUGUUAACUAGUUGAAAAUGUAAACUAGUUGAAAUGUUCAACUAUUUGAAAGUGGUUGAAACUGUUAACUGGUUGAAUAGGUAAACUAGUUGAAACGGUAAACUAUUUGUAACUGGUUGAAAAAAUGAAAUUGAUUUAGGGCCUGAACACAGGAUCUGCGAUCGAGGAUAUAGUUGGAGUUCUUGGGGGAUAAUGUUAUAAAUACCUAAAGCUGCGUUUACACCAAAGUUAUUAACAAAUUAUUAUUAACAGUUUAUUUCUCCGUCCUUAUAGAUUCUAUUAGAUUGAACAUAAAUUAUCAUACACAUGAUGAAAGUAUGUGUUUGUCAAGUUCCGUUCAAUCUAAUAGAAUCUAUAAGGACGGAAAAAUAAAUAUUUUGUUAAUAACUUUGGUUUAAACGCAGCUUGAGCUGGCCACUAACGACAGGACAUAAUGUUCAUCAUGUAUGUUUUGUCAUCAGCAAGUGGCUACUAACAUAGAAUAAACCACUGGAAAAUUACAAAUUAUAAUGAUACAAAAAAUAAUUUAACCUCAAAUAGAGCAGUAAAUAAAAAAAAUAAACAAAAAAUCUAACCACGAAAGUUUUGUUAGAAGCAUUCUGCUGUGAUGACACAACAAUCUAUGACGAUAUGUGUGUAUUCACAUGUUCAACACACUGUACUAUCGUUAGUGGCCAUCCUAAGAUAUACAAGUCGACCCAAGACUGCUGCCCUCUGUGUGUCUCUAGACCCUAAAUCAAUUUAAACUUUCAUUGUUCAAAAGUCAAAUUGGUAAACCAUUUGAAUUAGUUUAUCAACUAGUUUCAAUCUACUUUGUAACCAACUUCAAUUCAGUUGAAAAACUGCAAGUUGCAACUAGUUGACAAGUGUGAAUGGAAAGUAGUAUAGUUGCGUGGAAGUGUACGUAAUGAAAAGUAAGCAUGUAAAGUUUUAAUAAAGAGUUAGUGUUGUAUUGAAAUGUU